AUGGGUCGACACCGUGGCCGCAGCGAUGGGUCAAGCACGGCAGGGAUCGCGAGCAGCCCGUAUCUGUACCUCAUCCCACGUGUGGGUAAACCCCGUUUUGUUUGCCGGUGCAUCACUGAGGCAUGUCUGCCUGCGUUGACUCUGAGAGAAUCAGUGACCUUCAGGGACGUGACUGUGGACUUCACCCAGGAGGAGUGGCAGCAGCUGGAGCCUGCUCAGAAGGACCUGUACAGGGACGUGAUGUUGGAGAACCUGAGGAACCUGGUCUCGCUGGUCUGCUUCACGUCCCUGCAGAUCCGUGUACCAGCUCCUGAACUUUAUGAGCGCUGCAUCGUACCGCGUGUGCUCUGGGUCUGCCCUGACCCGUUCACUCGGCGUUGUGAUCCACACAUAUUUACAUUUUCUGCUCUUUUGUGUUUUUUUCCAGAUUGGGAGAUUAGACCUGAAAUGAAAGACUCAGAUCCAAAGGAGAACAUUUCAGAAGACAAGCAGUCCUGUGUGGUGGCCACAGAGGUGCCUGCAAGGAAUGGUGGCUGGGGUCCCACCCUAGAAAGAGCAUGGAAACGAGGUGACUGGCUGGAGAGGCAGCAGGAAGGACAUGCAGACACCUGUCUAGAGCCAGGGGAGGUUUCCCAUGAGAACAAGCUCACUGGGGAGUUAGUCUCCAAAUAUAAUGAAUUUAAGGCUGUUUUUAACCAAAGCUCGAACCUAGUUCCGCCAAGGUUGGAGGAUCCAACGGAAAAAGGGACCCUUGCGUUUGUGAUGCGUGGAAAGCACUUCUCAAAUAACUCAGACUUAAAUCAGCCUCCCACACUAUCUGUAGAGAAAAAAUCCUAUGACUGCAGUGAGUGUGGCAAGGCAUUCAGCCGAAAUUCGUCCCUGAUCAAACACCAGCGGAUUCACACAGGAGAGAAACCCUUCGAAUGCGACAUCUGUGGGAAGCACUUCAUCGAACGUUCAUCUCUCACCAUCCACCAGAGGGUUCACACUGGCGAGAAGCCCUACAAGUGUAGCGACUGCGGGAAAGCCUUCAGCCAGCGUAUGAAUCUCAUCGUACACCAGAGGACCCACACUGGAGAGAAACCAUACAUAUGCAGCGUGUGUGGGAAAGCCUUCCGGAAGACCUCCUCCCGCACCCAGCAUGAAAGGAUCCACACGGGAGAGAAGCCCUACACAUGUGGCGACUGUGGGAAAGCCUUCAGCCAGAAUAUGCACCUCAUAGUGCACCAGAGGACGCACACGGGGGAGAAGCCCUACGUGUGUGGUGAGUGUGGGCGAGCCUUCAGCCAGAACAUGCAUCUGACCGAGCAUCAGAGGACACACACCGGGGAGAAGCCGUACGAGUGUAAGGAAUGUGGGAAAGCCUUCAAUAAGAGCUCGUCCCUCACACUCCACCAGAGAAACCACACUGGGGAGAAGCCCUAUGUGUGCAAUGAGUGUGGAAAAGCCUUCAGCCAGAGUUCAUACCUCAUCCAGCACCAAAGGUUUCAUAUCGGGGUGAAGCCCUUUGAAUGCAACGAGUGUGGGAAGGCGUUCAGCAAGAACUCGUCCCUCACUCAGCAUCAGCGGAUCCACACAGGGGAGAAGCCCUACGAGUGCUACAUUUGCAAGAAGCACUUCACGGGCCGCUCCUCUCUCAUUGUACAUCAGAUCGUCCACACUGGGGAGAAGCCCUACAAAUGUGGUGAGUGUGGGAAAGCCUUCAGCCAGAGCGCCUACCUCAUCGAGCACCAGCGGAUCCACACCGGAGAGAAGCCCUACAGAUGCAGCGAGUGUGGGAGGUCCUUCAUCAAGAACUCUUCACUGACAGUCCACCAGAGAAUCCACACAGGAGAGAAACCUUAUAAGUGCAGCGAAUGUGGAAAAACCUUCAGCCGGAACACGAACCUCACUCGACACCUGAGGAUUCACACCUAG